CACUGCUCCUCCUUGCCAUGUAUUGUUUGUAGAGUUGUUGUGGGUUGUGGGUUUUAUUAUUGAUAGAGAUGCUAAGUUGAAUGUAAUUAAAGCUUUAUUUAAAGGAGUGUUACUUUUCUCAAUUUCUGUUAGAACUAUUGAAAAUGAAUCUGAGACUACUGUUCAGUUUUCUAAUCUUACCAAUAUUGGUUCAUGUAUCGGUAUUUGCUGUCAGUUUGGAACCCAUAAAUGCUGAUGUUGUUUUUAAAAAUGUCGAUCGUUCCGUUAAUUGGUCACUGGUCUCUGUCUACCGUGCUCCAAGUGGAAACCUGGAUAAAUUCUUCGAUUUGUUGGAUGGAUGCUUGGUGUUCUUGUCUAGGCUGGGCAGGCGGAUGAUACUGGGAGGAGACAUGAACAUACAUCUGCAAGUUGAGGAUGAAAAGUACUCUAUAUUCAAGUAUCUUCUCCAGAGUCAUGGUCUAUUUAUCACAAACCGUGAACCGACUCGUGGUAGCUCCUGCUUGGACACAAUUGCAACAUCCUUGAACACCUGGGAAUAUGAAGUGACUGUUGUUGAUCCAGUUAUUGCUGACCAUGAUGCAAUUGUGAUGGACCUGCACCUGGGGCUGGUGAGUGAUUCUGGAGCUGGGCAGCCUGAUACUGGACCAAUCACAUAUCGUACUAUCAGGGCAGACCGACUGCCUCUCUUCAAGGCUGCUGUUGAUGGUGUUGACUGGAGCAAUGUUCUGAACUGUUAUCAGCCAGAGAACGCAUUUGGUGUUUUCUUUGAGUCUUUUAUGGAUGUGUUCAACAGUCAUUUUCCUUUAAAAGCCAGUACUUCCAGGAAAUUUGCAAGGAAUCAUGGAAAGUCUGUAAAGAUUCUCAAUGACAAAUCCUGGUACACACCAAGGCUGGCACAAAUCAGAAAUUUGAUUGUUGCUCUCCAUGCGAGGAUGGGGCUCAUUGAUGAUGAGGGGGGCAGACUUCAUCUCCGCAACCAGUACCUGAGAGCAAAGAGCAUUUAUCGAGCUGAGGUUGAUGCUGCUAAAAGGGCGGCCAACAUGUCAAAAAUUGAAUCUGCAGGAAACCCAUGUAAAGCUGCCUGGGACCUCAUAAACCAGAUCUCCAAAGAUUGUUCGAGACCUAAAUGUAAAGCUACACCGGAUGAAUUCAACAGCUUUUUUAUUGGUGAGGUGGAAAAGAUAGUUGCUUCCAUGAAUGAUGUGAGAUAUAAUGCUCCUGGUUACAAUAACAACCGAGUGAAGUUAGAACGGUGGAAGGAGGUCAGACCUGCGGAUGUUGUUCGUGUUAUUCGCGGCUUCAAGAACUCCCACAGUCCUGACGUCCAUGGAGUUACAGUUGGUGUGCUGAAGUGUGUUGCGGAUGGGAUUGCUCUUCCCCUGUCUCAUGUGCUCAAUGUCUGUAUGCGACAUGGCUGUUUUCCUGAUGUCCUGAAGUUAUCCCGCACGAUUCCAGUCUUCAAAAAGGGUGACCCUGAGUCUAUGAACAACUAUAGACCUAUAUCAAUCAUUCCUGUAUUGGGUAAGGUGUUUGAGGUCCUAAUGAAGGAGCAACUUGUGUUCCACUUCGAGAGAAAUAAUCUUUUUCUGACGCACAGCAUGGCUUUAGAAGUGGAAGCCUUUGAGGAGAGAGAUCUUGUUCACCUGGUCCUUGCUGAUCUGAGUAAGGCAUUUGAUUGCGUGCCUCAUGGAAUUCUUCUUGAGAAGCUUGCUGGGUAUGGACUGGGUGGUGAGGUGCUUGUGACCCUCAGAUCCUACUUGACUGGAAGGAAGCAGAUCAUAUCCAUUGGAGGUGCUCUCUCACAGCCUAUGCAGGUGGAUCAUGGUGUGCCACAGGGAUCGGUGAUGGGCCCACUACUCUUCCUGGUCAUGAUCAAUGAUCUUGGGCUUCUUGGGCCGGUGCUGAUGUUUGCGGAUGACACCACAAUUUACUCUAGAGGGCGGACGGUUGAACAAGCUGGCUUGCAGGCUCAGCAAGUUUUUGAUGAUGCCAAGCAGUGGUUUGAGAGAAACAGACUCUGCUUGAAUGAGGGGAAGACUCAGCAACUGCCUGGAUCCAAUUUCAAAGUUUAUCCGGUCAAGGUGAUCCAUCAUCCUGAUAAACAGUUUUGGCAUAUUGAUUUGAAAGAACCUCUCCAGCCAGGGAAAACAACACUCGUGGAGAUCGAGCUAGUCCUGACUAAUGCUCUGACUUCUUUCCCAACCAAAAUCACCCAAAAAGAGAAGCAACUUGUCCGUUUUACUGGGAAUCAUUACUUUUUUAGUCCCUACCAAGUGCUGAAGCAGACAACUACGGUGACCAUUGGAACAAGACAUGUCGAAACAUAUUCCAAAUUACCACCCGUCUUGCAAUCUGACUCAGUUUUCACCUACGGACCCUACUCGCAAAUCCCGCCAUUUUCUUAUGAUCGUAUGUAUUUACACUAUGAGAAUAACUCUCCGUUCUUAAGCGUUACCAACUUGGAAAGAACAAUAGAGGUAUCGCAUUGGGGAAAUAUUGCCAUUGAGGAAACAAUAGACCUUCUGCAUACUGGAGCUCAACUGACUGGGCCUUUCUCGCGUUACGAGUAUCAACGAGAGGUUCAAAGCGGCAUUUCCAGUGUCAAAUCUUUCAAGACUAUUCUUCCAGCUGCUGCAUCAAGCGUGUAUUACAGGGAUGAAAUUGGUAACAUUUCUACAUCACACAUGAGAAUUCUGAGUGACUCUGUAGAAUUGGAUCUGAGACCAAGAUUUCCUCUGUUUGGAGGGUGGAAAGCACACUAUAUUCUUGGGUACAAUGUUCCCAGCUAUGAAUAUCUCUACAACUUAGGUGAUGAUUACAAACUGAAAAUGCGAAUUGUUGAUCACAUAUUCGAUGACAUGAUUAUUGAUGGAGCGAUUACCAAAGUAAUUUUACCAGAGGGCGCACAUAAGAUUAGACUCAGUACUCCGUACCCUGUUGAAAGACUUCCAAACUCCUACCACUACACCUACCUUGAUACAAAGGGCAAGCCUGUGAUUUCUCUAAAAUUGAAAAAUUUGGUUGAACAUCAUAUUCAGGAUUUCGAGAUCAACUAUGUGUUCCCAAGAGUGCUCUUGUUUCAAGAACCAAUUCUUGUUGCAACAGUAUUGUAUUUGCUGUUUCUAAUGGUGAUCAUAUACGUUCGACUGGAUUUCUCCAUUACUAAGGAUGAAGUAAAAGAAAAUCGUAUGAAAAUCUCAGUUCUCUGCGACAAGGUACUUGAUUAUCAGGACAGGCGUGCAGUGACAUACAGUACUUUUGAGUCCCAACUUGCAAAGCUCAAACAAACCAAAGAUGUCAACGCUUUCAUGACUGCUACAAAAACCUUGAAUCAAGAAUACAAAAUUGAAACCAACCAUAUAAACGAAUUGAUUCUGAAGCUGAAAUCGGAAUCACCUGAAAUAGCUGAUAAGGUGUCUGAGCUUCAAAAGUUGGAUAAGCAUCUGAAAGAACUGUACGCCCAGCAGCAAUCUCUUUACGUUGACAGAUUGGUUCCAGGCAAAAUAAAUCGUGGCCAAUUUACCGACGCAGAGAACAGCUUGAAUAAAAGAAAGGAAGAAUAUGUUGACAAGAUAAAUUCCAUCAUCAGAUCUUUACACUAAAAAUUGACCAACUCAUGGUCACAGUUUUACUUACUUUCUCGGUGUUCAAACAAACAUAGUCUAUUACUUCGAUGUUGAAGAUAGAUUCAUAAAAUUUUCGUCGGUGUUCAAACAAACAUAGUCUAUUACUUCGAUGUUGUAGAUUAAUUCUUGAAGUUAAUCUUAUUAGUUAUAAUUGAUUACUAAUCAUCCCAAUCUCAUGUGAACAGUUUUACUAAUUUUCUCGGUGUUCAAACAAACAUAAUCUAUUACUUCCCUGUUGAAGAUAGAUCAUAAAAUUUUCGCCGGUGUUCAAACAAACAUAGUCUAUUACUUCGAUGUUGUAGAUUAAUUCUUGAAGUUAAUCUUAAUUAGUUAUAAUUGAUUACUAAUUAUCCCAAUCUCAUGUGAACAGUUUUACUAAUUUUCUCGGUGUUUAAACAAACAUUGUUCAUUACUUCCCUGUUGAAGAUAGAU